AUGGCCAGAGCAGUAGAAGGUACCUCUCGCUGCGCCCCCUUGUUGGAUGGACAACAAAUUCUCUUUCCUGCUGCUGUUUGGACCAUGAGAGUAUCUCUGAACUUCAAAGCACUUCAAUUAGCCAACCUAUUAAAUACCCCAGACGUGAUGUUCACCGAUUUCAACUGA